AUGAAUUCCACGUUCACUACGCAUAAAUUCAACUUGAAUAAUGGAGCAGCUAUCCCUGCUAUUGGGCUCGGGACUUGGCAGUCAGAGGAGCAUGCCACGUGUGAAGCCGUCAAACAUGCUCUUCAGAAAGGUUACCGACAUAUAGACACAGCUUUGAACUACGGGAAUGAAAAGGAAGUCGGGGAGGGAAUUCGCGCCUCGGGUGUACCAAGAGAUCACAUCUGGGUUACGACCAAGUUGGACAACCAUUGGCAUCACCGAGUACCGGAAGGGCUUGAUUCGUCACUCAAAAGUCUAGGCCUCGAAUACAUUGACCUUUUUCUGAUACAUUUUCCGUGUUCUACGGACCCUCAAGACAGGUCAAAACAUUUGACUAACUGGGAUUUUGUCAAAACCUGGAAAGAAAUGCAGAAGCUUUUGUGCACAGGAAAGGUUAAAACUAUCGGGGUUUCAAACUUCUCAGUUUCUCAUCUAGAGAGGCUGCUGAAUGAUCCGUCCUGCAAAAUUAUUCCAGCAGUCAAUCAAAUCGAGCUACACCCUCACAACCCAUCAAUUUUGAAAUAUUGUCGAUCAAAGGGAAUCCACUGCACGGCAUACUCCUGCCUUGGUGGUCAUACUAACUCGGCUAUAAACACUCGCACCGAGUUGAUCAACGAUCCUGUGGUAUUGAAGAUAUCAUGCGCGAUGGAGAAAACAGCGGCACAAAUACUUAUCAUGUGGGGAUUACAACGCGGCACUAGUAUGAUUCCUAAGAGUGUGACCCCGGAAAGGAUCGAUUCCAACUUUGAGAUGGAUAAUUGGAGCUUAUCAGAAGCGGAAACCACCGAGCUCGAUAGAAUUCAAACUCGGUCGAAGGUAGUUGGUGAUGCGUGGAUGCCAAUCCGUGUCUUCUUUGGUGAUGGAAUGUAA